UACAUUCGUAAGUUUACUAAUGAUAUUUUCAUUCCAUCUUUAGAACAGCAAAUAUGCUCUUUACUCCAAGGAAAAUGUAAUAGUGAUGUUAUAAAUGACGUUAAGGCUAAUUUCAAUUAUAGUAAAACAUUAUUUGAUUUUGUUUCAACGGAGCAUCUUAGAUUUGAAGUUUAUAAAAAAAUGGGCUGUUUUAUAGAGCCGGAGAAUUUCAUUAUUGGGCAAACUGAAGUUGAAAAAAUUGAAGAUGAAAAGUUACGUAUUGAGAACGAAGAUGUUUAUGCUGUCCAUAUCCCGCUUGGUCGAAAAUUAAGUCUCUUCCUGGAAAUCCCUGGUGUUUUUUCCGAAAUUCAAAAUAAUAUAUUGUCCUUGCGGCAAGAGAAAACCGUAUUUUCGAAUAUUAUGCAAGGUUCUUUGUGGGAAAAAAGAUCAGCCUCACAUAAAGAUAAAUUAUGUUUACCGAUUAAUAUUUUUUUUGAUGAAGUUGAAACAAAAAAUCCUCUGGGGAGUCAUCCUGGCCGAAAUAAAAUCGGUGUUACUUAUGCAACACUUCCUUGCCUACCAGCUCACCUUGUUUCAAGAUUAAAUUGCAUUUUUUUAUCUACACUUUUUUAUGGUAAUGACCGAAAAAUUUUUGGCAAUAAGUGGGUUUUUAGAAAAUUGAUCGAAGAUAUAAAAAGUUUGCAAAGACUUAAAGAUAAGUGUAUCUUUAACAUCAAAAAACAUUUUCACGUAUGUGAAAAUGUGUCAGUAGACAUUAUGCAUGAUUAUAUCGAC